AUGGAAACCAAACCGGAGGAGCCGAGGGUGGUGACGCUGCGGCCGGUGGAGGCCACGCCGGAGUCCUUCGCGCCCUUCGGGCAGGUCAUCGCCGCCUCCCCCGACGGCGACCAGUUCGGCCCCCACGACGCCCAGCUCGACCUCAACCGCGGCAUCCCUAGGUUCUACAUCAUGAGAUUGGAGAGCAGGCCGCUCAGGUUCUCGACCAUCACCCACCACGCCAGCGUCACGCAGUGCCUGGGCUCCAUCGGCGGCCAGGACUGGUACCUCGGCGUGGCCAAGCCUUCCGUCGUGGACGAGCACGGUGGCCAGGAUGGUGGCAGGGCUCCCGUGCAGUCGCCCGCCGGGCACUACUAUCUGCCUCCGGAUCCGUCCGAGGUCCGCGUCUUCCGGGUCCCCGGUGCCAAGUUCCUCAAGCUGCACGCCGGGACCUGGCACGCCGGGCCGCUCUUCAAGGCAGACGCCCUGGAUUUCUAUAACCUGGAGCUCAGCGACACCAAUGACGUGGAUCGCACCACGUACUACUUCAAGAAGCAGGACGGCGUGACCUUUGUGAUCGAGGAGUGA